GCGUGCUUGGUACAACAACAAUGGCGGCCACUCCUGCUGUUGCAGACGACGGUCGUGAGGAACGGCCGACUUUACGGCUCGUACAGGCGCAGUUCAUGGCCAUGGUGCCGCUCAGGUUCUUCAGAUGGAAGCUCCCUAUAGAACAGGUACAGCCCCCGACCCCGAGUCAGGCUCGGACGUUGCUCCACCAUGUGAGCCUCCCCAAUUGUUGGGGUGUCCGAACGUCGGUCCUUGAUGGGGAGGACAAGGGAAAGGCUGUCUUUGAACUUGAGGAUCAGCAGGAGCUGCUACAAAUGACUGUUCAUCACCCCCUCAUCAUGAGGUACCCCACCUCCCUGUCUUAUAGACAAGCCUUCCUCAAGCACAUCAUUCAACAGUGUGAGGAUGCAGGACAGGAAGUGUGUGAUGAGCUGUAUGAGGUGUACACCAGUCUGCUGGUCAGUACUCUGGAACCCACCUCACCCUGCUGCUACAAGACUUACACACUGCCCUGUGGGAAAACUGUGGUGUUAAGAGAGGCCACACAAAUCAUCUCACAUGGAACAACCGGAUUAAGAACUUGGGAGGCUGGACUAUGCCUUGCUGAAUGGGCAGUGGAACACUCUGCACUUUUUGAACAGAAAACAGUUCUUGAACUCGGCAGUGGAAUGGGCCUGACAGGACUGGUGAUCAGCUCCUGUUGCAGCCCCGCCCACUACAUCUACAGUGACUGCCAUCCCAACGUGCUCGCCAACCUCUGGGAAAACCUGGUCCUCAACUGCAAGCUCCGAGAGGAGGGGGGAGGCUCUGUAAACGGCAAGCAGGGGUGCACGGCAGUUAAACAGAAGAGCACGCAUGGCGGUGCUUAUCACAGCGAGCAUGCCAGAAACAACACAGAAGCUGUUGUGGUAAAUUACAGCACAGACCCUGUGGAAGAUAAGGGUGAUGAAAGGGAGCAAACUUGUAACAGGUGUCAGCAUAAUUCAGACACUAAUCUGUCUUGCCAGGAGAAUGCCAGUGAGGUUUUACCUGAGACAGAGCUGCAAAGUUGUACUAAUACCGCAGUGUUUAGGUUUGGAAAGUCCGAUGCUAACAUGGAGAAUGUGAGUUGGUACACAGGGAAUCACCCAUGGGAAACCAGACUUGUUCAAGGUUCCAAAAUGUCUGUAAUGUGUCUGGACUGGGCCUCAGUCACACAAGAGGAGCUCCAGUCCCUGGCUCCGGAUGUCAUUAUAGCGUCAGAUGUUGUGUUUGACAACGAGUUGGUGGAGUACUUUGUGUCGUUACUCCUGAAGGCGAUGCACCCUCCCCCUGGCGGUAGGAGUGGCCCUGUUGCCUACGUUGCAUCCACCAUAAGAAACCAGGACACCUAUGACUUCUAUGUGAGAAAGUUAGAGGAAGCCGGAAUCUGCUCGGAGGACCUGAGUCUGGGAUCGACGGCAGUAUUCUUCUAUGACAGGCAGCAGACUAUGAAGAUACACAAGCUAUGGAUAUCCGACGAGAUAAGAUAGCACCAGCCCCAGCUAGUUUUGCAUCUUUGAGGACUAGCGUACAAAGGAAAUCAAUCUGUCAUCUUCUUCCUAUCUGUUAUCAACUUAGACAUAAAGCAAACUUUACAUUGAUGAAAUCAUACAAUGGAGAAAAUGUACCCUCAGGAGAAAGUACCUGGCGUGGUCAUGGAUAUACAUUUUCCUUGUGAACAUCACACGUUGCCUUUCCCAUGUACUUCAAGUGCCGUUUUGUGAUUUUUGAAAAAUUCAAUCUAAAAUACAAAUGAGCUGCAACAUUAAAGAAUUCACUGGGUGUGCCAUAGUUUACCAUUAGUGCAAUUAUAAUGGUAUGAGAUAGAUAGAAAUUGUUUUUGAUUUCAAUUGUGUGACCACGUUUGAAAACUUCUCAUUACUUUUCUGAAAUCUCCUUCUGUAUAUAAUGCCCCCUGUCAUGUGCCAAAGUGUCUUACUCCAAACCAGAUGUGUGAUAAUUAGAACUGAGUGCACUUAGUCUUUGGCAGAUUCCUUAUUUUAUAUGAAAACCAUUAUUAACUGAUUCUUCUCUCAGAAUGCUAGAGCAUGAUUUGUAUCACUGCUCAACAAGAUAUCAGCACUGCCAAAAGGCUUUAGGCAAUUAACAAGUGUCUCCUGCCCAUUCAAGCAUCUUCCUAACAUUUGGGAGAUGGAACGAAGCUCAAAUCCUAAUAUUCCAUGGUUAUGCUUUGAGGCAGAGCAACACAGUUGGAUGGAUGCAGGUACACAGUAGCCAAAAUUUGACAAAUAAAACUGUUUCCAGGGAAGUUAGCAAUCUAGUUGGCCCUGCAAGCUUCGUUAACUUCUUUGGCAAGCUCUUUGCCUUAAAGUAUGGUACUUUUGGACAGUUAAUUCAUUUUGAAGAGAAGGGAAACGAGAUCCGAGUUAUUUGCCUCAAAACUAAUUUUUGACUUAGUUUGACAGGUAAAAGACACAGGUCACCCAUGUGGAAAGCCAGAUGCCCCACUGGAACAUUAUGGGUGAAAGGUCAGUCAGGAACCAAUCGUCACAGCUAUUAGAUGGGAGACCCAGCUGCUUAUGAGAGGCAGUCUGUGAUUGAUGGACUAGUUCACCUUGUACACCUGCUGGUCAGGACUCAUGAAUUAGCACAUUAUCACAGUAAAGGAGAAUUCGAUGUGCA